GAUCACUACUCUUGGAAUCAAAGAUAAAUCCAAACACUGCAUAUCAGAAACAACAGGAUACAUUAAUUGUUUGGUCAGAAGCUGAGAACUACGAUUUGGCUCUAAGUUUUCAAGAAAAAGCUGGCUGUGAUGAAAUCUGGGAAAAAAUCUGUCAGGUUCAAGGUAAAGAUCCAUCAGUAGAAGUCACACAGGACCUCAUUGAUGAAUCAGAAGAAGAACGAUUUGAAGAAAUGCCUGAAACCAGUCAUUUGAUUGAUCUGCCCACUUGUGAACUCAAUAAACUUGAAGAGAUUGCCGAUUUAGUUACCUCAGUUCUCUCCUCACCUAUUCGAAGGGAAAAGCUGGCUCUGGCCUUGGAAAAUGAAGGCUAUAUUAAAAAACUACUGCAGCUGUUCCAAACUUGUGAGAACUUAGAAAACACUGAAGGCUUACACCAUUUGUAUGAAAUUAUUAGAGGAAUCUUAUUCCUAAAUAAAGCAACUCUUUUUGAGGUCAUGUUUUCUGAUGAGUGUAUCAUGGAUGUCGUGGGAUGCCUUGAAUAUGAUCCUGCUUUGGCCCAGCCAAAAAGACACAGAGAAUUCUUGACCAAAACUGCAACAUUUAAGGAAGUUAUACCAAUAACAGAUUCUGAACUGAGGCAAAAAAUACAUCAGACUUACAGGGUACAGUAUAUACAGGACAUCAUUUUGCCUACACCAUCUGUUUUUGAAGAGAAUUUUCUUUCUACUCUUACAUCUUUUAUUUUCUUCAACAAAGUUGAGAUAGUCAGCAUGUUGCAGGAAGACGAGAAGUUUUUGUCUGAAGUUUUUGCACAGUUAACAGAUGAGGCUACAGAUGAUGAUAAACGGCGUGAAUUGGUUAAUUUUUUCAAGGAAUUUUGUGCAUUUUCUCAGACAUUACAACCUCAAAACAGGGAUGCAUUUUUCAAAACCUUAGCAAAAUUGGGAAUUCUUCCUGCGCUUGAAAUUGUAAUGGGCAUGGAUGAUUUGCAAGUCAGAGCAGCGGCUACAGAUAUAUUUUCUUAUCUAGUAGAAUUUAGCCCCUCUAUGGUCCGAGAAUUUGUAAUGCAAGAAGCCCAGCAAAGUGAUGAUGAUAUCCUUCUUAUUAACGUAGUAAUUGAACAAAUGAUCUGUGACACUGAUCCUGAGCUAGGAGGUGCAGUUCAGUUAAUGGGACUUCUUCGUACUCUAAUUGAUCCAGAGAACAUGCUGGCUACAACUAAUAAAACUGAAAAAAGCGAGUUUCUAAAUUUCUUCUACAACCAUUGUAUGCAUGUCCUCACAGCACCACUUUUGACUAAUACUUCAGAAGACAAAUGUGAAAAGGGUAAGGAUAAAUUUGUUGGAUCUAGUAAAAGCAACACAAUUUGUCCUGAUAAUUAUCAAACAGCACAGCUACUUGCCUUAAUUUUAGAGUUACUCACAUUUUGUGUGGAACAUCACACUUACCACAUAAAAAAUUAUAUUAUGAACAAGGACUUACUAAGAAGAGUCUUGGUCUUGAUGAAUUCCAAGCACACUUUCCUGGCUUUGUGUGCUCUUCGCUUUAUGAGGCGGAUAAUUGGCCUUAAAGACGAAUUUUACAAUCGUUAUAUCACCAAGGGAAAUCUUUUUGAGCCUGUUAUUAAUGCUCUUCUGGAUAAUGGAACUCGGUACAAUCUGUUGAAUUCAGCAGUUAUUGAGUUGUUUGAGUUUAUAAGAGUGGAAGAUAUCAAGUCUCUUACUGCACAUAUAGUUGAAAAUUUUUAUAAAGCACUUGAAUCGAUUGAAUAUGUUCAGACAUUCAAAGGAUUGAAGACUAAAUAUGAGCAAGAAAGAGACAGACAAAGUCAGAAACUAAACAGUGCGCCAUCUAUAUUGCGCAGUAACAGAUUUCGCAGAGAUGCAAAAGCCUUGGAAGAGGAUGAAGAAAUGUGGUUUAAUGAAGAUGAAGAGGAGGAAGGAAAAGCAGUUGUGACACCAGUUGACAAAUCUAAGACAGAAGAUGAUUUUCCAGAUAGUUACGAAAAAUUCAUGGAGACUAAGAAAGCAAAAGAAAGUGAAGACAAGGAAAACCUUCCCAAAAGGACAUCUUCUGGUGGCUUCAAAUUUACUUUCUCCCACUCUGCCAGUGCUGCUAAUGGAACAAACAGUACAAACAGUAAAUCUGUAGUGGCUCAGACACCACCCACAAGUUCUAAUGGUUCUUCUUCCAAAACUACAAACUUGGCUACAUCAGUAACAGCCACCAAGGGAAGUUUGGUUGGCUUAGUGGAUUAUCCAGAUGAUGAAGAAGAAGAUGAAGAAGAAGAAACAUCCCCUAGGAAAAGACCUCGCCUGGGCUCAUAAAGUGUUUACUGGGGGACCCCAGCAUGUGGUCUUAGUAAAUUGAUGCAGCUGUUUAAUGGCUAAAAAUCUGAAUCAGAAAGCCUUCUCACUGUACAUAUACAAGGAGUAACAAAAGAUCCUCAGCCUGUCAGCUAGGAGAGUUUAGUUCUGUUUAAAAAGGAAAAAAAAAAAAAAAAAAAA